AUGAUGCUUGCGCGUGCUGGACGAUCCACGGCGGCGUUGAAGAGGUCGUUUGCGACGACGGUGGAUGCGGCGGGUGUGUCUGUUGCGGCGGUCGACCACGGUCAGCCCACCACCGCGGUUACGGUGCUCGUCAAGGCCGGGAGCAGAUACGAGACCCAGCAGGAACUGCCCAUUUGCUCAAGAACUUUGCGUUCAAGGCAAGUCACCACGUCCCAACGAUCUGCCCUCCGUACCGUCCGCGAGGCAGAGCUCUAUGGCGGAGUGCUCAGCUCGACCUUGACUCGUGAACAUUUGGCCAUUACCGCCGAGUUCUUGCGCGGCGACGAGUUGAGUUUCAUCGCUCGACCCCAUUUCGUCGACUUGCUCUCGUCCGUGGUUACCUCGACCCAAUUCCUCCCACACGAGUUUGCCGAAGAUGUGGUCCCCCACUCGAUCGCAGAGACCACCGCCGCCCUCGCCAACCCAUCUGCCCAAGCGCUCGAACUCGCACACACGAUCGCGUUCCGCUCCACCGGCCUGGGCGCAUCCCUCUUUGCCCAGCACCCAUCCAAAAACGACCUGGAAGCACUCAAAGAAUUCGCCAAGUCGGCGUUUACCAAGUCGAACGUGGCCGUGAUUGGAACGGGCAUCGACUCGUCCAAGCUUUCCGAGCUUGUCUCGAAGCAUUUGAGCGGCUUGCCUUCUUUCGCUGGAGCGGGCACCAAGGGUUCGUCUUCGCAGUACUUUGGAGGCGAGACCGGGUUGGGUCGCAGGGUGGGAACGCGGUGUUUAUCGGCUUUGGUGCUCCUGCUGGGUCACCUGAAUUAUCGGCCCUCCAAUCCCAUCUCGACGGCGCUCCCUCGUAUAUAUCCCAUACUCGAUGCUGCACUGUUUGGUGUCCUCGUAUCGGGUAACAAUGUUGCCGCAGAUACCAAGACCGCUGUUGCCGCUCUGAAGAAGGGCUUGAGCAAGGAAGAGGCUACCAAGGCAGUGUCCAAGGCUAAAUUCAAGGCUGCCAGUGCUCUCGAGGCCCGGGAAGGCUUGGUCGCCGCUGUCGCUCCUCAGGUCUUUGGUGGUUCCACCUCUUCGCUCGAUUCUUUCCAUGCUGCUCUGGACAAGGUUUCGGAAGCUUCGGUCUCCAAGACUCUUUCCUCUCUGCUUGGUGCCAAGCCUACCUUUGUGGCAAUUGGAGACGUAAUGCGCUUCCAUAUGUUGAUGAGCUCGGCCUCUGAGUUAUUAGAGACUGGGUCUAAAAAUUUGAGGGGUGUAUUUGAAGAUGUUACAUCCGACACCCAUAGGUCCGUUUUCGCAACCAAGACGCAUCACACCACUUUGACUGCUGGAUGGCAUUAUAUGCCCCGAAUCCAACUUUGA